AUGUCUUUGCAUACCGAGUCCCAGCCACCUGGCGAAGGGCGCCUGCAGCCGCGACUGUCGAGGCUGACAAUGGUCGCUUUGACGUUCGCUAUUCUUAACACAUGGAUCGCGCUGGCUGGCUCGAUCGGCCUCGUGCUACCUUCAGGGGGCUCCGUCUCGUUCCUGUACGGCUUCGUAUUCUGCGUCCUAUGCAACCUGGCCCUCGCCGCUAGUCUCGGCGAGAUGGCAGCGAUAUGGCCCACGGCGGGCGGACAGUACCAUUUCGUGUACGCGCUGUGCACGGAUCGGUGGAAAAGGGCUAUGAGCUUUUGGGUUGGCUGGACGAAUAUCGCGGGUUGGCUCACGCUUGUAACGACUGAGGGUUUCUUUGCUGCGCAAUUUAUCUCCGCGGCCGCGGUCAUCGCCUCGAACGGCGCGUACGCAAUCGAGCAAUGGCGAACGUACCUAAUCUUCCUCGCGAUCGUAACCUUCACGACGGGCGCCAACAUCUGGGGGAACCGGAUCCUGGGGCGGUGGAACGACGCGGCGCUGUACUGGUCGCUGCUGGGCGUGGUCGUCAUCAGCAUCGUGCUGCUGACGACGUCCGACAAGAACGGCGCGGACUUCGUGUUCGCCGAGUUCCAGAACGAAACCGGCUGGUCCGACGGCAUGGCCUGGAUCCUGGGGCUGCUGCAGAGCGCGCUGUCGCUCAUCGGCUUCGACGCCGCCCUGCACAUGACCGAGGAGAUGCCGCGGCCCGCGGUCGACGCGCCGCGCGCCAUCAUCUACGCCGUCGUGGUCGGGGGGGUGACGGGCGUCGCGUUUAUCCUCGUUAUCCUGUUCUGCAUUACCGAUCCGGAGACCGUCUUGAACACCCCGACUAACAUGCCCAUCGCCGAGCUGAUCCUCCAGGGCACCGGGAACAGAGCCGCGGCUACCGUGCUGACACUCAUGCUGGCCGUGUGCUUUAUCAACGGCACGAACGGCUGCGUGACCAGCUCGAGUAGAUUGCUGUAUGCGAUGGCGCGGGACAAGGGUAUCAUGUAUCAUAACUACUUCGCGCACAUCACGCCCAAACUCGACGUCCCCGUGCGCACCAUCGUGCUCACCUUCGCAUUCAACGUCCUCUUCGGACUGCUGUACCUCGGGCCCUCGGUCGCCUUCAGCGCGUACGCGGCCAGCACGACCAUAUUCCUCAACGUGUCGUACGUGAUCCCAGUCGUCGUCCUGCUGGUCCGCGGCCGCGCCGUCCUGCGCCAGUACCAGGCCGAGAACGCCUACUUCGCGCUGGGGAGGUUUGGCUGGGCGCUCAACGCCGUGGCCGCUGUCUUUGUUAUCGUUACUUCUGUGUUCUUCUGCUUCCCGACUGAACUUCCCGUCUCGGCAGACCAGAUGAACUACGUCGUUGUCGUAAUUGGUAUCUUCCUGGUCGUAGUAGGCGCGUACUGGAUUGCAUACGGCAAAACAUUCGAGGGGCCGACAUUCGAGGAAAUCAUCGGACACAUGCCCGGAGACCAAGAAGUAGCAACAGCGGUAGCAAGUUCCGGCUCCCCCUCGGAGAAGGGAAAAGACGCGGUCAACAGCGACGACGAGAGACCAGUUAUUCCCUAAAGUGGCAGCAUAUAUUAGGUACCUCCUACCAGUAAAUACUCCGAGUAUUAAUUUCUCCCCUUUUCUUUUCGAGCGACUAUAUAUUAGAACACACAAGCAGAAAACAUUCCUUUCGUUUGCAAAAACAUAUAACAUAAUUACAGUUGGUAGAGACAUUAAUUAAUAUUCUAUUCAUAAAUAUCUAGUAGAUUGAUAAAUCUACCAAAAUAUCAGUUCCCUUUAGGUUAGGUACCUCACAUGUAGUUCUUAUCAUAGAGCGUUAUUUAAGUUAAAUAUGUAAAGCAUAUUGUCCAGGUAUCCUUUACCUUGGGUAUUUUUGAGUGAAAGACUCAAGUCGAGCUAUAUUCGUGAAGGCAUUAAGUAGAACAAAUAGGAAAGAUUUGAGGUUAUUAUUGGCUUUUUCCAACUCGGACUUUCAACGGAGCUAAAGCCUGGCUUACCAGAUACCUAAGUGAAAAAGUUAUUUAAAAAAACAUUAAAGGGGAGAAUAGGGGCGGGGGGCUCUAUAUUUACUUACAAUGUAAUUC